AUGGCAGCAAUACUCACCCAACCGGGCGCCAACCUCCCACCUAUACGCACCUACCCCGACAAAUUCGCCGGCCAAGUCGUCCUCAUCACCGGCGCCGCCCAAGGCAUCGGCGAAGCCACCGCCGAGCUCUUCGCCGCUCAAGGCGCCUCCCUCGCCCUGAUCGACAAGAACGACCAUCUCCUCAACACGACGCACCAAGUCACCAGCGCCGUAGCCGCCGUCCUCGCCGCGCACAGCCAGAUCGACAUCAGCGUGCACCUCGCGGGCGCCUACCCACUGAUCCCGCUGCUCUCGGCCACGCUGACCGACUUCCACACGCAGAUGAACACCAACAUGCUCAGCGCCUUCCUACUGACGCGUGCCGUGCUGCCGGGCAUGCAGCAGCGGGGCUACGGCCGCAUCAUCAACACGGCCUCGGAAGCCGCUACACGCCCCGAAGUCGGGCUGGCGAUCUACGGUGCGGCGAAGGGAGCGGUGGCGGCGUUCACGCGCGCCACGGCAUUGGAGGCUGGGCCGGGCGUCACGGCUAAUUAUGUGAGUCCUAGUUUGAUUGCGACCAAGCAGACGCUGGAGGAUCCGGACCCGGCGAGGAAGAAGAUCUUUGAUAUGUGUGUUGGGCGGCAGUGUGUUAAGCGGUGGGGACUGGCGGGGGAUGUGGCGAGGACGGUGUGCUGGAUUGCUGGGCCGGAGACGGAGUUUGUGACGGGACAGGGGUUUGAUGUGGGAGGUGGGACGUUGUUUACUUGA